CAGUUGACUGACAAGGAGUUUCGUCAACAGGCACUGGUACCCCUGACGGAUGCCACUCAUGGCGGCGAAGACGUCGGCGUCUACGCCACAGGACCCUUUAGUCACUUGUUUCAUCGCAACAUUGACAACACCUAUCUGGCCCAUGUCAUGAAGUGGUCUCUCUGUCUACCACCCUACCAGACGGAGGUUCAUUGCAGCGGUGCAGACCACUGCUGGUCCUCAGUUUCCCUUCUUCUUUUUUUCCUUUCGCUCACUCAGUUGUACUAA